AUGCCCUUCCCACUUGAGCUUCCCACAACAUCUUCGUUUUCGUUCUCAUCAUAUUUCACAAGCGAUUCACAUCCCUCGCUACCUUUAGCCGCAAGCACUUAUAGAGGGGUCCUUCGUGAUGUGCUGAAGAAGCAUAAACGACUUAGUCCUUCACAGCAAUCUUCAAAUCUUUCAUCUAUUCUCCAAGCACUCAACAACUACAUCCCAUACCUCUUAGCUAUCGACUCUGGCAUAUCGUCUCAAUUUGAUCCUGGAGCAGAACACAUAGAUAUCAUCCUCACUUCAACGCCAACUCUAGAAUGGCGCCCAACACUUUCAGAUCCGCCAAUACCAGGCAGAGAAAUUCCAAGGUUGAAAAUACAGAGUUUGGAAUAUGAGAUUUACUUCGUUCUUUCAACACUAGCCUACACUCAUGUUCUUCUUUCAAGAUCCUCAUUGCAUCCACUCUAUUCAUCUGCGACAGCGUCACCAUCACCUGAACAAAGAACUUCAUGUAUCAAAGCUGCUACAGAGCAAUUACUAGCAGCCGGUUCGAUUCAUAACUAUCUGUUUUCUCGCUCAACGAGUCUUACUUCUCCACCACCUUGUCCUGAUAUCUCAACUCCAGUUUUUCGUGCCCUCAGUAGCUUAGCAUUGGCCGAAAGUACAUUACUGGCGGUUUUGAAAGAUGAUCCAUAUCCAGCAGCAGUGCAGCAAGAUCGUAACAAAAAUGAUAAAGAAUGGAUGAUUAAGGCUCCUGAGAUGCCCAAAGUUCGUGCUCAUUUGUUUGCGAGAUUAUGUCUUGCAGCCGCCGAUCAUGCGGGCAAUGCUGUAGCCAUGCUAGGUGGAAUGGGCAAUGGAGGAAAGGGAAAGGUUGAUGCCGAGUUGUUAAAAUAUGUUGAAGACUUGCGAAGAGUAGGAAGAGGAAAAGCCUGUAGAUUUUUUGGUGUGGAUGCGGAGUUAGGAGGGAAGACAGGUGAUGGUAUUGGAUGGCUGAGAGCUGGCUUGAGUGAGCUGGGCAUAUCGGUGGGAGAUGAUGGAAAGAAAUCCUCCGGGAUGGGGUUUGGGAGAUUAAGGAAAGAAUGGACUGAGAAAAGAGAGGACCGUAGAGUUGAAAAAGGGAAGGAUUGGGGAAGUGAUGCAGGGAAAGCGGAGGAGGGUAGAGUUCUAGAAAUGCUGGAGAAGAAGUGGGUGAAGGUGAAUGACACUAUUGGCACACAGCUCGUACCUUCUAUUGGAACGCUCAUCUCAGCACUACCAUCUGGACGGGAAAUGCAUACACUAAAAUCUUACAACCCUCCAAGUCUUGACAAUCAAGUCCUUGAGAGCAUGAGAGCUCCGCCAGAUCGAGCAGAUACGUACGAAGAGGACAACAGCUCCGAUGAGGAUAACAAUGGAACACCAGUUGGUGCAUUCCCAGGCACAAAGGGAGAUUAUGCUGGAAAUGCGAAUUACUUCUAA